AUGCAAGACGUAUAUGAACAAAAUAAAGAGUUGAUUUUACUUGGAGAGAGGGUUGUUCUUGCAACUCUUGCUUUUGAUCUUAAUGUAAACCAUCCAUAUAAACUGCUGGUUGAGGCAAUAAAGAAAUUCAAAGUAGCUCAUAGUGCCCUUGCUCAAGUUGCAUGGAAUUUUGUUAAUGACGGGUAUGGUUCUCUUAGUUCAUAUAUCUUGCUUGUUCUUCUUGGCCUUUCUUCAGUUUCUUCUUGA